AUAAAUAGAGGAAGUUUAUGUUCUGUGUUCCAUCCAAGCCUGUGCUUUCAGUCCUUUAUCUAUUUCUACAAUAUCUCAUAUUCAAAGUUUCCAAUGAAGUUGCAGCUACUCUACUCGAUCUCCAUUUUUUUGCUUGCUUUUGUAUCAUGUGUAUGUUAUGCAGCUAUAUCUCCAGAGGUUUAUUGGAAAGUAAAAUUGCCCAACACUCCAAUUCCAAAAGUCAUCAAAGAUUUGCUUCCUCAAGCAGAGGAUGACGUUCACACUAAAGAAAAAGUUUACUAUGGUUUACACCAGCAUGGAGCCUGGAUUUUUCAUGAUGCUACCGAGGAUGAGAUACGUGAGAUCAAAAAGCAAAGCCCAAACGUGAAUGAGCUCCAACAUGUAAAUGAAAGAAGCAAUGCCAACAGUCAUUUUCAAGAUAAUUUGCUUUACAAACCUUACUUCUUAGAAAAGGAUUUGGAGAAAGGAAGAGUCAUCAACUUUCCCUCUUUGAAAAAUAAAAACGAAGCACCCUUUUUGCCUCGCCAAUAUGUGGAAUCGAUUCCCUUCUCGUCGAAAGAACUCCCAGAAAUUCUGAACCAUUUCUCAAUAGAUAGUAGCUCAAAGGAUGCUCAAACAAUAGAGGAAACAAUCAAAGUUUGUGAAGAGCCAGCAAUGAAAGGAGAGAGGAGAAAGUGUGCAACUUCUUUGGAGUCUAUGGUAGAUUUCAGCUUAUCCAUGCUUGGUACAAACAAUAUUCAUGUAUUUACAACAGAGGUACAAGGGGAAAAUCAAAUGUUGCAGAAAUACACCAUUGAAGAAGUUCAACAGUUAGCUGAUGGGGUUAACAUGAUAUGCCACAAACUUAAUUAUGCAUAUGCAGUGCACUUUUGCCAUGGUGGAGGAAUUACAAAGACAUUUAUGGUAUCUAUGAUUGGUGCUGAUGGAACAAAGGUCAAAGCAGUAUCAAUGUGCCACAAAGAUACAUCUCUUUGGAACCCAAAAGGAUUACCUUUUGUAGUGCUUAAGGCUAAGCCUGGAACUACCGGUAUUUGUCAUUUCCUUCAAGAUGAUCAGAUUGUUUUUUCUCCCUUCUAAAGAAGUCUAAUAAAGGUUUAAUCCAGUCCUGGAUCGUAAAUAUACUUACUCGUGCUAGGUGUUUACACCGAAUUAAGCAAUUCAACUUUAGCAGUUAAAGCUAAAGCGAUAGUAGAUGUAUGUGUGUAUGAAGAAUGCAUAAGUUUGCAUUCAUAAGCUUUAUACCAUCACACUGUUUGUCUUAAAGAGUCUGGUUACUGUUUCUCGGUAGGUGCCUUUUUCUUUCUGUAAUGUAUCUUUAUCAUAAUAAUCAAUGAAAAUGAUUCUGGCGUCAAGGUA